UCCGCCCCACGUCACAGCUCCUCUCUCUACCUCACCGGGACUCCAUUACUACCGCGAGAGGCGCGACAGCAACACGGUGAGCAGACUCUCGCAAGGACAGAAGCUGCUGCGCGUUGAGCAUGACCACAGUAGUUACUGUUUAGUGAGUGUGGCGGUGAACUGCCGUGUAAUUUGCAGUGGUGUAACGCAGUUGAGUGUGUGAGACACACAAUGGUGCUCGGACUUGCAGCAAAUGUUAGUGCUUCCUCAGGGAGCAGCGUAGGAGGCUCUGGCGGCCCUGUAGUACCCACUCCGAUAGUGGCGCUACCCUCACUCUCCUUCACCGCCGCCCAGGUGGCCGCCGUCUGCGAAACUUUGGAAGAGAGUGGCGACAUGGAGCGCCUUGGACGCUUCUUGUGGUCACUGCCGGUGGCUCACCCUCACCUUCACGACCUCAACAAGCACGAGGCGGUGCUACGAGCGCGGGCUCUUGUCUCCUUCCACGUGGGAAACUUCCGCGAGCUCUACGCUAUCAUGGAGUCACACAGAUUUUCCAAACCUUCUCACGCGCGGCUGCAGGCGCUGUGGCUGGAGGCGCACUACCAAGAGGCAGAGCGUCUCCGCGGCCGCCCGCUUGGGCCCGUCGACAAGUACCGCGUCCGUAAGAAGUUCCCCUUCCCGAGGACCAUCUGGGAUGGCGAACAGAAGACCCACUGCUUCAAGGAACGCACAAGAUCGCUGUUGAGAGAAUGGUACCUGCAGGACCCUUACCCUAACCCCAGCAAGAAGAGGGAGUUGGCCUCGGCCACGGGUCUCACCCCCACACAGGUCGGCAACUGGUUCAAGAACCGUCGACAGCGUGACAGAGCAGCAGCCGCUAAGAACAGGAUGAUGAAUGGUCAACAAGCGGGAGGAGGAUCGUCACGGUCGUCAGAGUCCCGUGACCCCCACCAGGAUGAUGACGAUGACGACCUCAUCAAUCCAGGCUCCCCCACCCCCCUCGACGACAGCGACGACGAGGAUCUGUCUUUGGGUACUCACUCUCCGCCGCCAGUAGCCGAGAGUCCGCUACCCACCGCCACCUCUACCGAAGGAGGGGUCAUCUCUCCGGGUUCCAACAACACCUCCUCCCACCCACCCUCCGUCUCCCCUCACCCGGCCAGCAUCUCCCCUCACCCGUCGUCUAUCUCCCCUCACCCGUCGUCCAUAUCACCUCACCCAUCGACGACACCUCCACAGAGCUCACCGUUACCGCUACUGAAGACUGGAGCGUCGACACCCACUUCCGAUCACCAGAUAAUUUCAUCCCUGGAGGUCACGAAGCCCUAUUUGGUACCUCACAUGUCGUCGCUGCCUCUCAUGACCUCCUUAGCGACCUCCUUGGCCUCGCCUCUCUCCCUCUCAUCCCUUCCUUUCUCCUCCAUGGCCGCGGGGGAAGGUUUCAAGUUCCCCUCACACCCGUUCCUUCCCCAUCCACAUCCCCUCCUUCACCCUUUCUCUCUCCAUCACCCCCUGCCCCUAGUCACCCCUCACACCCAUCCCUUCUUCUCUGCUCUCCCCCCUCACAACCCCUCCGCUACGUAAA